GCACGUAAGUCACUGAGUCCGAGAAAGCACUUCCACCAUUACCACUCGCCUCGAAUUCUCUCCUGCAACCCCAUCUCCCUCAACAAGAGCAUCGGCUGCAAAAACAAUCCAACCACCGGUCGUCUUACUUUUUCGCAACUACAUAAAUGUCGGGACUCAAGCCAGGCGAGGUCAAUCUCGGUACGUCUAUUAUGGCGGUCGAAUUCAAGGGAGGCGUCAUUAUCGGAGCCGAUUCUCGCACAACCACAGGAUCUUACAUCGCCAACCGUGUCACGGACAAGCUGACUGAGGUCCACGAUACCAUCUACUGCUGCCGAUCUGGAAGUGCAGCCGAUACCCAGGCCGUCGCCGAUAUCGUUCAUUACUACCUCCAGAUGUACUCUGUUCAGAAUGGAAAGCCAACGGUCCCAUUGGCAGCAUCGUUGUUCCAGGAGUUGUGCUAUCAGAACAAGGAUGGCCUGAGUGCCGGUAUCAUCGUCGGUGGCUGGGACAAGGUGAACGGCGGCAGUGUCUGGAAUAUCCCCUUGGGAGGAUCGCUUCACCGUCAGCCUUUUGCCAUCGGAGGAAGUGGAUCGACAUACAUUUACGGUUACUGUGAUGCCACCUAUCGUGAUGGCAUGAGCCAAGAAGAAUGCAUCGAGUUUGUCAAGAACUCAUUGGCACUCGCUAUGGCUCGCGAUGGCUCGUCGGGAGGUGUCAUCCGUAUGGCAAUUAUUACAGAGAAGGGUGUUCAGAGAUUGUUUGUUCCUGGCGACAAGCUCCCUGUCCAUUGGGAGGGUUAAAUGGUAGAUUAACGCAACCUCUAAGAAAUUACAAGCGAAAAGAGAGUGCGAAUCGAUCAUUGUCGACUGGAUUUUAUAACCAAAAAAUAAACACACUUGUAAACUUGACAUAAACAUC